CUACGGACCGUAAUAUUGUAAUGCACACAGUGAAAAUGCACAGAGUGAAAACGAUGCCUUAGGCCUGACAGGGGAACUCACUCAAGUCAUGACCUUGCGCUAAGCAAGAAACUCAAGUCAUGUUUGGAUGGCGGAAAAAUGGUGUGGCACGGGGACAUUUCAUCAAACACUUGGUAAGCAUUCUCUCCAUUUUGGGCCUUAUAAUGGGCUAAGCACCUAGAGUAGUGUAGAAUUCUCUAGAACCUUAUGGAGAACUCUAGGUCAAGCCAUGUACACAUAUCCAUUUCCAAAUGCUUCUUUAGAUAUUUUUGUAAAGGAGGUGGGAAUGAUCUAGACACCCAUUCUCCACUGUAGGAUUAAAGCAAUUAUAGCCGUAGGAUUAGAUUUUGUAUGCCUAUAAAUAGGUGGAGCCCUCAUUUGGCCAAACCAUCCAAGGAUUUAAGAAUCCAAGCUACACUUGUAAAGCUCUCUUUUAAGCAAUAUACUUUCAUUCUCCCAAACUCUCUUUGUGCUCUAGCUUUCUUUGCUUAGCUUUCUCUUUUAGUGAGCAAAAGGCUUACUUAGUUGCAACAAAGGGUCGGAAUAGCAACUAAGGCCGCACGGUUUGAAGGGAUAAGAAACAAGUCCGUGACAAGUGGUAUCAGAGCCUUGGUUAGAGCUAGCAUUUAGAGCACAAUGUCUUCAUCAGAGGUUGUGGUUGAAGAAGCAAGGGGAAGGGAGGUCAUCCCUGAAGCUGCAAGGAAGGGACGUGGGCGCUCAAAGUCGAAGGACGUUCUCACCGCCAUGGAGACCAAGGUGGUCAAGAUGGAGUUGGUCGUUGCCGACAUGAUGGAGCGGCUUGAUCGGGUGGAGCAAGGCAUGGAGGAGCUCGGUGGUCGAGUGAAAGACCAAGUGGGGGAGCUUAGAGGUACCAUGCAAGACACCAACGAGGCCAACACCGAGGCGUGGCGUCAAGAAAGCCAAGCUUUCCAAGCAAAGGUAAUGGAAACCUUGUCCCUUAUGCAAGCUCAAUUAGAUGAGUUUAAGAAGAGUUUAGAGGAGACACGUGGGGAUUGGGCGUUAUGCAAGAGAGCUGCAACUAGUGGCACAGUCACUACCCAACAAAUAGUCUCUACUCCAAGGGUAGAUGCUCCCAAGCCCAAGGAAUUUAGUGGGAGAAGGGAUGCAAAGGAGUUGGACAACUACAUGUGGCAUAUGGAACGGUACUUCGAGGAUUUCCAAGACGAGAAGCAAAAGGUAAACACCGCUACCCUCUAUCUUACUAAUCUUGCUGCGGUAUGGUGGCGUAGAAAGCAUGAAGAAAUGAAGAAAGGCAUAUGCGCUAUCAAUUCUUGGGAAGAUUUAAAGAGUGAAUUGAAGAAGCAAUUCUAUCCCGAGAAUGUGGCGAAUGAUGCUAGGAAACGCAUGAAGGAGUUGAAGCACCAACGAUCCAUCUGUGAAUAUGUGGAGCAAUUCUCUGGGUUAAUGCUCCAAAUUCCCAACAUGAGUGAGGAGGAUCUCCUUUUCAACUUCAUGAAUGGGUUGCAACCGUGGGCAUGCCAAGAGCUUCAACGAAGGGGAGUACAAGAUAUUUCCACUGUCCUCACUAUGGCCGAAACGCUUGUCGAAUAUAGGCGAGGUGAGUCUUCCAACCCUAAGCCUAAGAAUAAUUAUAUUAAAGGUGGGGGAGCCAAGUUCCAUAAAACUCCCCAAAGUAAGGAGGUUCCAAGAAGGCCACCACUACCUAACAAAGAUUGGAAGAAAGGAGGCAAGCCCGAAUUCAAGCCGAAGGAAAAUUGCUUCUUAUGUGAUGGUCCCCAUUGGGCUAGAGAUUGUCCGAAGAGGAAGUCCUUAAGUGCCAUGCUCGAAGAGAGGGAAACUCAAGAGCACACACAAAUGGGUUGUCUACAACUCCUCAACUCACUGAAGGCUAGUCCAAUCCCAACCAACAAUACAAAGAACAACUCCCUAAUGUACGUGGCGGCGCGUAUCAACGGGAAAGAUACCCAAGUCAUGGUAGACACCGGCGUAUCUCACAACUUCAUAAGGAAGGAGGAGGCCAUGAGGUUUGGCCUCAAACUCAAAAGUCAAUGGUGGUUGAAAACAAUGAAUGCGGAGGUUAAACCGCUAGAUGGCAUGGCCCGUAACGUGGAGUUGCACCUUGGCACUUGGCAAGGUAACGUAAACUUCUCCGUUGCUCCUAUGGAUGAUUUUGAUAUUGUACUUGGCAUGGAAUUCCUUAGGGAAUUCAAUGUGGUCCCACUCCCUCGCUACAACACGGUGUGCAUAAUGGAGGGAGGACCUUGCAUGAUUCCAACAAUGCACAAGCCAAGUACUUCCAACCGCCUCUCCGCCAUGCAACUCAAGAAAUGA